AUGUAGCUUCUCGGCUCAUAUUGUGAAUCGCAACUCUGUCGACCGCACCCCCAAUGGCAGCUUAGGAAAAACAAGACAAACAAACGGGGGGGAAAGCAAACAAAUACGGGCUCCAGGUGACUGAAACGGUUCAAGGAAUUUUACCAAGGCGCACCGUGCGUAAAAAGCGCAGCGGCUCUCUUGCUGCGAGCAUUCUGUUUCUUUUUCAUUUCUGCAAAAUUGUUUUGGAUUUUUACUUUUGUUGGACUGAACAUAUGAUAAAAAUGACAGAGGAACACGACAAGUGUAUCAGUGACCAUCCGUGCAGUCCGUCAGGUACAAACAGCUCCAUGUCUCAGGAUGAGUCCGACUCCGACGCGCCGUCCUCACCAACAGGCUCGGACGGUCAGGGAUCCCUGCUCAGCGGUUUGGGCAAGAAGCUGGACCCGGAGGACGACGAGCGCUUCCCAGCCUGCAUAAGAGACGCGGUCUCGCAGGUUCUCAAAGGAUACGAUUGGUCCCUGGUCCCGAUGCCGGUGAGAGGCAACGGAUCUCUGAAAAGCAAACCGCACGUCAAGAGACCCAUGAAUGCGUUCAUGGUGUGGGCACAGGCGGCCCGCAGGAAGCUGGCAGAUCAAUAUCCACAUCUGCACAACGCUGAGCUGAGCAAGACACUGGGGAAACUCUGGCGUCUACUUUCUGAAAGUGAGAAGAGGCCCUUUGUAGAUGAAGCAGAGAGACUGCGGGUUCAGCACAAAAAAGACCAUCCAGACUAUAAGUACCAGCCACGGCGACGUAAGAAUGUGAAACCAGGCCAGAGCGACUCAGACUCAGGGGCAGAGUUGGCACAUCACAUGUACAAAGCUGAGCCAGGGAUGGGAGGACUGGCAGGAAUGCCUGAUGGACACCACCACCCUGAACAAGCAGGUCAACCUCAUGGACCACCUACACCACCUACCACCCCCAAAACAGAUCUCCACCACGGAGUUAAGCAGGACCUGAAGCACGAAGGCCGCCGUCUUGCCGACAGCAGCAGGCAAAACAUUGACUUCAGCAAUGUGGACAUCAACGAGCUGAGCACUGACGUGAUCAGCAACAUGGAGACCUUUGACGUUCACGAGUUUGACCAGUACCUCCCACUGAACGGCCACGCGUCCAGCUCCUCUGCCUUAUCCUCAGACCACAGCCACGGUCAGAUUCCAGUCCCAGGCGGCUCCUACGCUUCCUCGUACGGCAGCGGUGCGUCGUCCUGGAGCCGAAAGUGUGCCGUGUCCUCCACUUCCCCACCCGCCGGUGAAGUAGGCCAGCACCGUCUCCACAUAAAAACAGAGCAGCUGAGCCCCAGCCACUACAGCGAGCAUUCCCGCGGGUCGCCGUCGCACUCUGAUUACAGUUCCUACAGCAGUCCAGCCUGUGUCACCUCGGCCACUUCGGCCGCCUCGGGCGCUGCCUCUUUCUCCAGCUCCCAGUGUGACUAUACUGAUCUGCAGAGCUCUAACUAUUACAGCCCUUAUUCUGGCUACCCCUCCAGCCUCUAUCAGUACCCCUACUUCCACUCAUCUAGGCGGCCCUACAGCAGCCCGAUCCUGAAUAGUCUAUCGAUGGCUCCGGCCCACAGCCCCACCGCCUCCAGCUGGGACCAGCCCGUCUACACCACUCUGUCUCGGCCUUAAAGGGGACCAGAAACAGCCUUUUUGCACCAGAGACUCAUUCAGUUUGAUGCACUACUAAUGAAGGACAGAAGGCAAGGGGCGAAGAGCUGUUUGAAGGGGCCUGUCGGGCCACCUGCGACCGUUUGAACGUGAAACAAACACAAGAAAAAGUGCCUGCUGAUUUUAUACAAAGUUCUAUUGUUGAGAUGAAAAAAAAAAACCCACUUGUACAGAGUUUUUACACAAAAGAGAACUUGUGUCGUCAGAGAGCCAAACUCCUCUGUGAGGACAUGUUACUUAAGCUGACAUCUUGUACAUCCCUGUCCUUUUCAGUUCGAAGUUGCAAAAGUGAACCGUUCAGGUCAAGGUGCAAAGCCGCUGCGGAAGUCUGUAGGAAUGAAAAGGCUCGGCUAACUGUGCACACAGGACCAGUUACGUUGAAGCUGCAGUAAAAUUUACAUGAAUGGCCGGAGGUUUAUAACGCAGCACACUAUUUGCAUCAGUGAUUCAGCCUUAAAAGAAAUGAAAAAGGCUCAUUUGAAUUUUGUGUCAUUUUGCAUAAAAGUCUUAUAUGUAUUUAUGUUCAUGCAUUAAUGGAUUUUUUUUUUGUUUUUGUUUUUGAAUAGAUAAACACAUGCUACAUGUGAGUUCUUCUUGGUUAUUUAGAGUACUGUUUUAUUGACUUAAUGAAAAGGAGGGUAAAUGAAGUAAAGCAGCGUGCAUCUAAUAUUCCGUUGAAUUUCCAGAGGGAUCUCCAUUCCAAGUUUGGGAGCAAACACACAGGACCAAUAGACUCUGGCGCAGGACUCAGAACAGGUGUCUGAAAUCUACGCUUGGCAAAUUGCGAUUAGUCAUGAUGUGGGCUUAAAGGAAAUGGGGUAAAACAACACCACACGUUGAGUGACGCGUCAGCUGGACCUCCUGUAUAUGUCCAUGGACAACGCGCGAAUAUGCGGGCGAACAUGCAUCCGUGUGUGUUGGGAGAGAUAAUGUGCAGAUGCAUGUGUGAGCCCAUUUUCUUGGGGGACUGAAUACAUAUCCCAUGACAUAAUCAUAAUACACACCAAAUGAUACAGAAAACAACUUUUUUUAUUUUUUAUUUUAUCUGGUGAAAGUGAAAUUAAGUGUGACUGUUUCCCCAUAUUUAUUCCAUGAACCAUUGAAAGCCGACUCACUGCUGCAUAAAAAUGUUUUUUGUGCCUUCUUAAUGCUUGUUGUCAGUAUUUUGAAAUGAAAGGAAAUUUUUAACUAACAAACGAUCCACUCCAGGGACUUGCUCCUCAUUUUGUCCUUAAUUUGAUGUCAUUCCCUAAAGCAUCGGUUUGCAGAAUUAAAAUGGAGCAUAACUGCAUUUUUUUGUAUAUCAUUUUGGUGUAUCAUUUUGAAAGAAAGUCUCUGAAAAUGAUUGUUCUUUAAACUAAUUUCACACGCACAUGCACAUCUAACCCCUUCCGCUGGCCAUUCCCCCCGCCCCCCUGCCCCCAAAAAACAAAUAAACAAUUCUUUUUCUUGAUGUUUGUUUUUGUCCCUCUAAUUACCGCCAACACAUCAUCCAGUUUCCGUCCUGUACAUUUUUUUUGUGCUCAAAUAUAUUUGGAAACAACUGUAAAAAAAAAACAACUAUAAUAAAAUGAAAAA